CAUUAGCCAAAGGAAAAGCUCCGCAUUCCCACCCAGUCCAGGAGUUGAAAUAGUAUCAGAGGGCAAGAACCUUUCUCUCCAGCUACAGGCUCCAUUUCCCAAGGAGCGAGGGGUAACUCAGAGAGCCAGAGUAGGGCAACGGAGCCAGCCAGCGUCCAGCCAGAGAGCUGCAGCAGGGGUUCCCCACCCGUGCCGGGAUCCCGUCUGGAAGGAGCCGGCUGAGUUCCAGCCACCCGAGCGAGCGCAGGAGCUCAGAGCGAGGGUGCAUCCUGGGCUGCGGGCGCGGCGGCUGCUACCCAGGCUCUGGUGCCGCAGCCACAUGAAGCCAGUUGGGGAGGGGGUGCCAGGGUGCAGCGAGGCUACUGGGACUGAGGCUGACGCCGUCUCAGGGAGGCGCUGACUCCCUAGGGGACCCCCUUCCUCGCGCCUGGGCGAAAAGUCUUCUCCAGGGGUCCCCGGUCAUCCUGAAUAUCCAGGAUGGUGUUCAUGAAGUUCCUCUGGAUGGGUUUUCUGUGCCACCUGUGUCAGGGCUAUUUCGAUGGCCCUCUCUAUCCAGAGAUGUCCAAUGGGUCUCUGCACCACUACUUUGUGCCCGACGGGGAUUACGAGGAGAACGAUGACCCCGAGAAGUGCCAGCUGCUCUUCAGGGUGAGUGACCAACGGCGCUGCUCUCAAGGGGAGGGGAGCCCAGCCAGCAGUCUGCUGAGCCUCACCCUGCGGGAGGAAUUCACCGUGCUGGGCCGCCAGGUGGAGGACGCGGGACGCGUGCUGGAGGGCAUCAGUAAGAGCAUCUCCUACGACCUAGACGGGGAGCAGAGCUACGGCAAGUAUCUGCGGCGGGAGUCCCACCAGAUCGGGGAUGCCUACUCCAACUCGGACAAGUCUCUCACUGAGCUGGAAAGCAAGUUCAAGCAGGGCCAGGAACAGGACAGCCGGCAAGAGAGCAGGCUCAACGAGGACUUCUUGGGGAUGCUGGUCCACACCAGGUCCCUGCUGAAGGAAACGCUCGACAUCUCCGUGGGGCUCAGGGACAAAUACGAGCUGCUGGCCCUCACCAUCAGAAGCCACGGGACCCGGCUAGGUCGGCUGAAAAACGAUUAUCUUAAAGUGUAGGUGGAAGGGCAAACUUCCAGGGAGAGGGAAUCACAUCAGACCCGUGGUGGAAGGUGGGGGACAGAGACGGGGCUUUUUCCCAUAUACUUAUUACUUUCUAUAACCAGAUUUGCACUUGGAGAGUGAUCUGAUGUGAUCUUAACAAGAAAGAAGUGAGAGUUGAGUGGUUUUAGUUUUGUACACUAUUUAUGUGAUCGCUAUUGAUUUGUCACCUGGAAAGAAGAAUUUAAAACCAUGUCUCCUGCCUUUCCUAGAAGGGCUUUAUAUCUCUGCAGAGACACCUGUUUCAGCCACCUCUGAAAGGACACAGUUUAUGCAGUAGGGACUGUUUAAUCUUCCUCAUCCUGAAGAUUAUGUGAAAAUACCCAGGGAGCAUGUGCACAGCUCCUUUCUGCCUUCAGCCUUCUCUCCUGGGCUCUGAAAGCUGUCAAAGUCGCCUGUUUUUCAGAUGAGGUCAGAGGUGCUUCUCAGCAUGCCUGGCAGAGGAUGGAAGUUGCCGGUUUCUUCUCCUUUUCCUUCUUAUUUAUUAACCAUGGUCUUUAGUUGUUUUCUUUUUGGUUUUGGAUUUGGGUUUUUUGGUUUGUUUUUUCUUAAGUAUUGGCUAGAAACUAUAUGCAAAUCACCUUUUGCAGGGAGAUGUCCGCUGUGCCUCUGUGGGUAUGUGUAAGUUAAAGGGGUCACAUUCAAGAAGUCUAAGGUUUGUGGUGGUUAUGCACUCCUGUGAUAUGCUGACUUGCUGUGUCUCUCAUUGUGUGUCUGUGUCAUCAGCACUGCAGUCCACUACAAAGAAGUAGGUAGAUUGCCUUGACACCCCCCCAAAUGCCUGUGAUUUAGGUUACCAGUGUAUUCUUUCUCAUUUAAGGGUUUUGCUUCUGUUUGCUUAUUGAAAAUUUGUACUUCAAGUAGAGGGAAUUUUAAUUCUCAUAACUCCUUAACUAAGUUUUAUUAUUCAGCCAAUAAAUAUGUUCUCAUAUAAUACCUGCUUAUCUUCUAAUUUAUAUUCAUAACUUUCAUACUGCAAAGAGGAGCCAGUGCAAAAGAGAAGAGAAGGCUGGGAUUGAAGCCAGUUUACUUAGAGUAUAUGAUAAAGAAGACAGAGGGACCACUACGUAUUUGACAAUCCUCCCUUCCCUGGCCACCCUUACCAUCCUCAAAAGGAAAAAAUAAAAUCUAGGCUGUGCCAAAACUUGAUCUCUGCUGGUCUGCCUAAAAACUCCAAUUUUCUCUGGUUUUCCCCUAGAAUUAAUUGGAAAAGUUUACGGCAAGGCUCAGAGCUUAUAUGCCCUCAGAAUGCAGAGGGAAGGCUCCAUUCUAAGCUGUAAGAAU